AUGGCAAUUCUUCGUGAACUGACUUGUCGCUACGACGGAUUAAAAGAGGAUAUCUGCAUGGGAGCAAGCUCCGGCAACUCAGGAAUCUUGUGUACAGGCAAGUCGGAUAUGAUGCUCCUGAGGGAAGGUGAAGUUACCUUCGAGUGCAGUUGCGAGGAUGGGAUUGUGAGAUCAGGUGCUAUGGUAAUAGCGUGGAAGGACGAAGAAAGGGAGCUCCUCCCGAAGUUGCUUCAAGACAACCUGGACAUCGGAGACACUGGCGCCAGGAUCUUGUCUGCUGAAGAGCUAUAUGAGAGAGAGAGUCGGAUAAGACGCGGAGCGAAGGUUUGCUUUCGUAUGCUGUAUUUGCAGGUCAUGAUGGUGAAGAUCUAUGGCAACAUUGUCUGUGGACCAACGGCCGAGGAUGUAGACGAGAGAGACGAGCCAACUACUUGCUCGACGACGAUUGCCAACCUGGUGAAGUAUGCACGUCAACUUGUGCCAUCACUACAAGACAUGGAUGUGGCUGGAAGUUACGCUGGUCUCAGACCUGCGACCGAGUUUCGAGACUAUCAGAUCAAAGGCAGUGAAGAUGAAAACUGGAUCACGGUCGCUGGAAUUCGUUCCACCGGUGUUAGCGCUUCACUGGGGAUCGGCCAAUAUGUCGUCUCUCUGCUGAAACGCAUGCGUCAAGCACCCCCUGCUCUCAAGAGAGAUCGAUCACUGCAACCCAAGAACAUCAAGUCUUCUUUCUUGAGUGUGUUGCGGACAGCGAUGACAACGCCGCAGGGCUCUGCCUUCACCAAGAGAGCUUAUCUCCAACAAGUUGUUCACACAUGA